AUGUCAGAAGGACACAUCGUGCCUGGAAGCAUAUACAUAUAUGCUCCGAACAAGAUUGCCCCUGUUUUCUUCAGUGUCGCGUUUGCGCUUGCUUGCGGUGCGCAUGUUUGCCAAGCUCAUUCCUACAAGUCAUGGAAAUUGACGGCUUUGUACCCAUUUUCCUGCCUCUUGUUCAGCCUUGGCUUUGUGUUACGAGAAUAUGGCGCGUUCAACUAUUACGACACGACUGCAAAUCUUAAUAUAUACAUCGCGAGCACUUGCUUGAUCUACAUGGCGCCACCCCUCCUCGAACUUGCCAACUUCCACGUCCUGGGCCGCAUCCUCUAUUUCGUGCCAUACUGCGCACCAAUGCAUCCCGGUCGCGUCCUCACGACCUUUGCCAUGCUUUCCAGCCUCAUCGAAGUCUUGAACGCAAUCGGUGUCACUUACCUGGCCAACAAGUCAUUACCCGAGAACCUUAUCAAUCUGGGCCAGGUUCUCAUGAAAGUUGGGCUGUGUCUGCAGAUCUUGGCCAUCGCGCUCUUCGUCCUCUGCGCGGUCGUCUUCCACCGCCGCUGCGCCCGAGCCGGGCUUACUACGAACCGCAAAGUGUCGACACCGCUUAUCAUCAUGUACAUCAGCACCGCCCUGAUCCUGGCCCGUACGGUGUACCGAAUUGUCGAGUACUUUAGUAUCGCCAACUUGGAGGCCACCCCAACGGUGACAGCCAUCAGUCCAAUCUUGAGAUACGAGUGGUUCUUCUAUGUGUUUGAGGCAUCAAUCAUGUGCGCCAACGUGUGCAUGUGGUCCAUCUACCACCCUAGGAGAUACCUCCCGGCGGAUCCUCACGUUUUUCUUGAACGCGAUGGCAUCACAGAGACUGAAGGGCCUGGGUGGGAGGACGAUGCAAACUAUUGGAUGACGCUUAUCGAUCCUUUUGGUUGUACGCGAAAGCAUAAAGGUCAAGGAGAUAGUCUGCAGGAGAAGUGA